GCUAUCUAUUUUGUGAAGUGCACCAGUCCCUCCUGCAGCAAAGCAUCCCCUCAACAUGAUGCUGCCACCCCGUGCUUCACGGUUGGGAUGGUGUUCUUUGGCUUGCAAGCCUCCCCCUUUUUCCUCCAAACAUAACGAUGGUCAUUAUGGCCAAACAAUUCUAUUUUGUUUCAUCAGACCAGAGGACAUUUCUCCAAAAUGAAUGAUCUUUGUCCCCAUUUGCAUUUGCAAACCGUAGUCUGGCUUUUCGAUGGCGGUUUCUGACCAGUGGUUUCUUCCUUGCUGAGCGGCCUUUCAGGUUAUGUCGAUAUAGGACUUGUUUUACUGUGGAUAUAGGUACUUGUUUCCUCCAGCAUCUUCACAAGGUCCUUUGCUGUUGUUCUGGGAUUGAUUUGCACUUUUCGCAAAUAAACUGUAAACAAUUGUUGGAAAAAUUCCUUGUGUCAUGCACAAAGUAGAUGUCCUAACCGACUUGCCAAAACUAUAGUUUGUUAAAAAGAAAUUAGUGGAGUGUUUGAAAAACAAGUUUUAAUGACUCCAACCUAAAUGUAUGUAAACUUCCGACUUCAACUGUGUAUGUAUGUGUGUGCGACUCGUAAAGAUCGGACCUUUUACAAUCUUAUAUUGUAGUCUGCUGCAUAUUGACGGUUCUUGAUGAUCAAAAGGGGUGGCAGGUAGCCUAGUGGUUAGAGCGUUGGACCAGUAACCAAAAUGUUGCUGGAUCAAAACCCUGAGCUGACAAGGUAAAAAUCUGUCAUUCUGCACCCGAACAAGGCAGGCCGUCAGUGUAAAUAAGAAUUUGUUCUUAACUCACUUGCCUAGUUAAAUAAAUAAGAGGGUGCCACUUGCAUCCUACAUAGGUCUACAUUGUCUCCCAGCUGUGGAGUGGUAAUAGGGGGCUAACAUAAGGGAGCUUAAAGUUGGAAUCCUGAAUGGUGAAACUGCCAUGUCCAUUUGCUCUAUAAGAACAACCAAAAGGUUACUGCAAACAACAUUUUUUUUUCUCCCAUUAUUGCACACGCGAUAGAACAGCACCAUAUGUAUACUUACGAUACGAAAUGCUCCCCAGCUCUUCUUUGUCAAGCGGACAGUGGAGCUGUUUCCCAAUACUGCGGAUUCCAUCUUUAAAUGUUUUUGUAAUACCUCAUUGACAAUAAUAGGCUCUAUAAGAACACGAACAUAUUGUGUCCCAUUGAUGCACAGCAUGAUAUGAUACAGUUCACCUUGUUUAAUCUAGCCCUUUAAACCAUACGCAGCAUCACACCAUUUAGCCUACCACAAUUGUUCAAAACAGAUCAUUUUUCUUGAUUCUCGAAAUGACAGUAGUCAAUCUAGAUGAGUUUAUUACAAAGGUAUUGUUAUGAAAUGGACAGAUGAGACGGCGUCUUCUUAAAUGACACUAAAAUAUCCAUCAGUAAGCUCCUGCCUCUGCAGAUAGGAGUGUCAUAUGGAAACACUUAUGACCUUCACUGCUCACACUCCCCACGUGUAACCACCUCUAACUUUUGGACCCUGGUAGACCCAUACAUGAAGUCACUCAUGCGGCAAGGUUAAGAAUAGCUCAUGCCUGGUGCUCACUGUUCUUUAUUUUGAUAAGUUUUCAACGUCACAGAAUGUGCUACACAUUCAGAGUUACUCAAGACCAUCUUCAUUUCCACGAUCUGGGGUUUAACCUAUAGCUGACCGCUUGUGUAAUAUAACGGCAAUCAAUCCAAAGAAAUGUCACUGGGAGGUAUUUGUUUUGUUGGGGCAGUUUAUCGCGUAAGAUGUUGGAUUCAAAACACCAUUCAGUGGGCAUAUGUAGAAGGGGCAAAAAAAGUAUGUCGUGAGAAAUAAUAUAGAUAUUUUUUUGCAUAUUUAUAGGAUGAUGGUGCAAUGCGUGUCAUGAGCAUGAAACAUCAAACAGUGGGUUAGGGGGUCUGCCACAGAGGGUGGUGUUGUGAAUGCUUGCUAAGAGAUUUAUUUAAUCUACUGAAGUGCUCUGAUAUGAUCAGAGUCUAUAAGUGGGCUACGCCGGCGAGAAAGGUGGUAAGCUUUAUGAAGCCUAUGUUGGCUUUGUUGUAAUAUUCCUGGAAAAUCACCUUGUCGUAAACAAAGUCAGGGGUGUGUUGACGUGACAAGGAAUGCUGUUUACCCUUAAGGAAACCUCCCUCAGGUGCGACUGCUCUGGGACAGUCACAUGGGGGGCUUUAUCACUGCUGAAUGUACUCCUGGCCCGGUCAGAUUUCUGUCACUGCGGGAGGGGAUCUCACUCCUUGUGUAACAUAUGACACAUGCAGCAGCCAGUGGGUGGGGGCCAUUUUCUCAGAAAAGAGCCUGGCAAACAAGCAGGGAGGAAUGUGUUCCCUGGUUGGUGGGAGAUAUCGGGUGUCGCAGGCUGGUAUAAAGGACAGGGCUGCUAUUCCCCAGUCAGAACAGAUGUCAGCACUUCAGCGGACACUGAAGCAGCUACCAAAGAGAAAGGUUCAGCCCCCAGCCUCUAUAGUUACUGGCUUGUUAAAGCCUAUAGGAGAAGAAGCAGUCGUCCAAGACCCACUGUGAAGUUUGAGAAGGCUGUGUCCAAAAAGAGACUCAUCUUUUCUAACAUUAAGGAGAAGCCUAUUUCAGCAUGGACGUCCAGAGGACAGGCUCGGUGGUGCGUCCACCAAGCCCCAUGGAGAGCCUGGAGAAGCAGCUGAGCUGCCCCAUCUGCCUGGAGAUGUUUACUAAGCCCGUGGUCAUCCUGCCCUGCCAGCACAACCUGUGCCGUGGCUGUGCCAGCGACCUCUACGACUCACGCAAUCCCUACCGCUUCUCGGGCGGUGUCUUCCGCUGCCCCACCUGCCGCUUCGAGGUGGUCCUGGACCGCCACGGCGUGCACGGCCUCCAACGCAACCUGCUGGUGGAGAACAUCAUCGACAUCUACAAGCAACAGCAGGAGGGCGGCGGGGGUAGUGGCAGCGGAGACAGCACGGAGACUCCAUUGAAGCCCAAGGACUCUAAGGAACCCAUGUGCCAGGAGCACGAAGAGGAAAAGAUCAACAUCUACUGCGUUACCUGCCAGAUGCCCACCUGCUCCAUGUGCAAGGUGUUUGGCCAGCACAAGGACUGUGAGGUGUCGCCGCUGGCCAGUGUCUACCAGGUGCAGAAGGGCGAGCUUAGCAACGCCAUCGACGCCCUGGUGGCGGGCAAUGGGCGCCUUCAGGCCCUACUCAAUCAGAUGGAGGACGCCUGCCGGGCGGUGCAGGACAAUGCACAGCGCGCCAAGCAAAGCUUAGGUGAGCGCUUCGACCUGCUCUACGCUGUACUGGAGGAGCGUAAGGGCAUGCUGCUGGAACAGAUCGGCAAGGAGCAGGACGAGAAGGUGACAGCAUUGCGGGCGCUGGCCCAGCGCUAUGGCGAGCGACUGCAGGCAGGCUCAGAGCUGACUGACACGGCGGUUCAGGCCCUGGAGCAGAGCGGUGCUGCCGAGUUCCUGCUGGCCUCCAAGGGCCUGAUUACACAGACUAAGGACACCGCCAAGAGCUCCCUGGGCGAGGAGAGGCCCGAGCCAGGCUUCGAGAAGAUGGAUCACUUCACACUGUCCACGGAGCAUGUGGAGGUCGUCCUGGCCAAGAUGGACUUUGGAAUGGUUGACGAUGACGAGUUUGAGGAUGCGGAAGGGGACGAAGAGGAGGAGGAGUGAUGAAACUUGAAAAUAUACGAACUGAACAAAUGACCUAUUUACUACUUUUGAAGGUUCUUAAACCUGAAUGUUCAUGGCAGGGACUCUAGUUUCAGAGAUAUUAAGAUAAUUUAGGAGGAAGGAAGGAAGGAAGGAGUUGGUUGAGUCAGAAUGUUUUCGUAAGUAGUGGAUUGACUUGAAUACACAAUGGCUUACCCCAGUUUGAGUGCAAUAUUUAGGUUUUUGUACUCUUAAACUUUGCCAUUUUGUAAACGAUAUAGUUUUUUUUUAUACUUUUGUAUUUCCAUAUCAGAUUUAUUCAGAUCUAUUUGUUAUGUACUUUAGGUUGAAUACACUCUGGUUGUUUACACUUGAAGACUUUAUCAGGUGUAGAGAUUGAGAUGGGAAUAAAGUUUUGAUUUGUGAUUCCUCAUCUGCAUCUAGAAGGCCUGUGGUUGUAUCAAACGGAUAAAUGCUUGAAUUGAUUGCGUGCCCUCAACUGGCAACAGAAUAUUUCGACAGAUCUGUUUUCGUCGCAACCUGAAAUAAACAAGCAGUUAUUUCUGCAGACUCAA